UGCUGAGCCAAGCCGAGCCAAGUCACAUGGAAGAGCCAACAUGGCGGCGUGUUUUUGUUUUCGCCCGAUGGUGAUCAAAACUUUCGAAUCAAAGGGUGACUCGGUCCCCAAACCCCGGAGCGGACAUCGGAUCGUGGCGGACGGAAACAACGUGUACGCAUUCGGUGGUUACAACCCCGACAAUGGGAGCGACGACCCCACCAGCUUUCUGUUUAGGGAGUUGUGGCAAUUCAACGCAUACACCCAAAGGUGGACCAACCUGAAGAUGUCCGGCGAAGUCCCGUCGGAAUUAGCGUCACAUGCAGCCUUGCUACACUGCGACAAGAUACUGGUGUACGGCGGCACAGGCGUUCCCUUUGGCGAGCGGAUCUCCAACAGGCUGUACAUGUUCGACCUGCGUUCCAGGCACUGGGACCUGGUUCCCACCAACGGGGACCGCCCGUACGAACAGUACGGUCAGGCCAUGUGCUACUUCAAGGGUCACCUGUACGUGCUUGGAGGCACGACGGGCUUCGAAUACUCUAUGGACGUGCACCAACUCUCCCUGGCUGACCUCUCUUGGAAGAGGCUACCUGCGGACAUGGAGCCCACACGCAGGUAUCGGCACGAGCUAGCCACCCACGGAGAAUACAUCAUUGUCCUUGGCGGUGGCACCGCCCACAGCAGUCUGUCGCUUCGCAAGCUGCCAGCCUUUCACACAGAACGACACACCUGGGAGACGCUCAACAGCAUCGCAGAUCCCCACCACGGUUUCCCUUCAAAACGGAGGUGUCACAGCUGCGUUCAGUACAAAGACCGUGCCUUCGUUUGCGGUGGCCACAGCGGCACCCAAGUCCUCGAUGACCUGUGGCAGCUGGACUUGCGGAAACUUCAGUGGACCAAGUUGCCUAUGUCCCUCCCGAGUCCAGUCUACUUCCACUCCGCAGCAGUGUCCGAGAGCGGACAGAUGUUCGUCUUCGGCGGCGUGACGGCCGUCGACGGCAGUUCCCGGUGCAACAGCCUCUGGUCCGUCUGGGUGGCGGUCCCCAGUCUCCUGGAGAUGGCGUGGCUCGCCCUCUUGCACUCAUGUCCGUGGCUUGUCACAAUGCCGGCCGAGCCUCUCGUGCAGGCCGGCGUGCCAAGGUCUCUCCUUGCCAAACUCGCGCCAUGAACGACGGCUUGCCACGGAAGAUGACAUUUCAAAACGGUGUGGACGUACGGCUCGGCUGGUCUGGGCAACGGUGCUAUCUUGUUGGCCGCACGUCGAGACAAAAAGAAAAUGGCGUUCCGCUCGACAAGUUGUCGAACGUUGUCUCGGCGUUGGAGGCGCGGACCGAUAAAUAGUACGUCACUGACUGAACUUGCUCAGGGUAUUCUGGAUUUUUCACUGACCCAGCGUGGAGUGCUGUUGAGAAAAAAAAAAAACGAGAGGUUGGACGUGAGAGUGGGGCUACGUUCCUUUGCCUUCCGUUUUUCCGGGGAGCUUUUGUUACACAAAAAAUGUGGGAGCAUUGAGACCUGCAUGGUUUGUAUGCUCCAGCAUUGACUUGAGAAUGAAAUUCAUAACUGUUGAGAACAGUGACUGGGUUUCUACAUUUUCUCUGCGUGCAAAUAAACUGUUUUAAAAGAGUGUCA